AUGGAAUUAGGGUCGGCUGGUAUUGCAGAUAUACAGCGUGGCCCCACCCCAAAGGGUUAGCGAAGCUUCUUCUUUUUUUUUUUUUUUUUUCAUUGACGCUAUCGAGAGGGGUAAGAGGCGGAGUUUGGUCUCGUUACAUCGAUAUUCAGAGGCUUGUGAAUACUUCUCGGUAACCUCCGUGACCGUAAUUCGUCGACUGGCUGCCUCGUCACGUUCGUUGCUCGUCGCAUCAAUCCUCUUUUUCCCACUGCAUUGGUCGAGAUACGACGUUUCGGGAACAGUGAAGAAUCAAAACGAUAUAUCGUACGAAAACGGAAGGAAAUCUUCGCGGCAAAAAAAAAAAAAAAAAGAAUCAAAUUCUGAGUACAUCAGCGAUCUCUGUGCUGAAUGUGAUCCUUAUAGGUUGCUUGCCAUGAAAUUGCCUGCCAAAGAGCAAUUAAUUAAUUAUUUUCUUAAAAAGGUUAUUUCAAUUUGCUCGUUUUCGUUUUUGCUCGAAAUCAAAAAUUUAUUAUUACUAUUGUUGUUGUCAUUGUCAUUGUGAAUCAGUUAAGUGACACAUCGACUAUUAGACUUGUGUAAUAUAUUUUCUCUCUCCCAAUCCACAAUAUUGUGAUACUCUAAUGACACUCUAUAGAAGUAUAGAUAUUGAGCUCAAUCUCCCAAUCACGUCAUCCGCUAGCAGAGACCCACCGACGAAGAUUACUACAACGAAAACCGUUGUAUUGUCAAUGCCUGUAGACAGAAUUCAAUGCACUGUACAUGAAUGUCAUUCAUUUUCUUCAUUUUUCUUCCGUUUCAGGGAGGAAGUGCAAGAGCAUACUGUCAGAUGGAACGCUAAAUUUGAGUUUCUAUGCAAGAUGAGUGCCAAUGCGUCCACCGGUGUUCUCGAUCCGUGUAUUUUAAGGAUAUCCGUGAGAAAGGAAUUGAAGGGAGGCAGGUCCUUCCAGAAGCUCGGCUUCACUGACCUGAACCUCGCCGAAUUCGCAGGAGCUGGACUCUGUAGAACGAGGUACCUUUUAGAAGGCUACGACGCGAGGCAUCGGCAGGACAAUUCCAUGUUACGCGUUGCCAUCAAGAUGAACAUGUUGUCAGGAGAUAUUCUAUUUAAAGUGUAA